UUUAAUUGAUUUAUCCGCCCUUUUUCCCUCCCUCCCAUUCAACUCUCUCAAACACGCCCUCGCCCAAAAUCACUAUGCACCAUCAACAAAUUACUUCUUCUCGAUUUCCUUCUUCAAUUUCAGUGAGGGACCUGCAGCCUUUAUCGAACGAAGAACUUGAAGCCAUUGAUGCUAUAGAAGCCGCGUUUCAACAGUCCUCUUCCUCUUCUAUCACCAAUAGCAAACGACGUUCAUCUCCUCACAAAAACGACGACGAGUACCUCCGUAAAACUCCCCGACGACAGUUACCUAAUUCUGUUUUAGGUCUCUCUGCACCUUUUUCACUCUCUCCUUGUCAAGAUAAUGUAAAGGUGAGAUAUCCUGCAUUGAAGUUUGGAGGUCGAAUUUUUUAUAGUAGAACUAGAGAGGAUGUGGAGAAAGCUGCAAGGGAGCUUUUAAGAAGUAUUGAAUGUCAAAGAAAGGAAACAGUUGCUUUAGGGUUUGAUAUUGAAUGGAAACCUACCUUUAAAAGAGGUGUUUUGCCUGGAAAGACUGCUGUAAUGCAGUUAUGCACUGGUACUGAUUAUUGUCAUGUGAUGCAUAUAAUUCAUUCUGGAAUCCCCAAAAGUCUGCAGUCUCUUCUUGAGGAUUCUGCGCUUCUCAAAGUUGGUGUUGGCGUUGGCAAUGAUUCCGUUAAGGUUUUUACAGACUAUAAUGUAUCUGUUAAAGCAGUGGAGGACCUAUCUUAUCUGGCAAGAAAGAAAAUUGGUGGGAAACCUAAAAGUUGGAGUCUUCAAUCCCUAACUGAGAUGCUUGUUUGCAAAGAGCUUGGGAAGCCCAAUAAAAUCAGAUUGGGAAAUUGGGAAGUAGAUGUUUUGUCAAAGGAGCAACUAGAGUAUGCUGCUACUGAUGCUUUUGCUUCUUGGCAGCUUUACCAGGUGCUAAGAAGUCUCCCAGAUACAAAGGAGGUGGCUGAUGGAAGAAGUGAGGAAGCGGAAGUAGUGCCAUAAUCAUCCAGGUUCACUGUUAUCAUCACAUUAAAUCAUGUCUAUCUAUUUUUUUUACAAAUUGACCAGCCUAAAAUUAAAUUUUGGGAUGUUGUAAGUUGUCACCAAUAUUAAUUAUAAAGAAGCGCUAUUUCAGAGAAUUACUGCUCCAAGAUGAAACUAAUCUUAUACUAAAUUAUUGGGGGGAUUUAAAACUUUAGAUCGGUUAUGAGUUGUCAGAUACAUAAUGAGAGUACCAUUCCUCUUCAUGGAACUCUCAUAAAUAUUGGCAGUUGGAAAAUUACUUUGGGACCUUUUCACAUGAGAAGUUAGUUUGGUAAAUUAAUUAUUCAUUCCAUCAUGUCAUCAUAACCUCUUAACAUUUGUUUGUUCCAUACAAUUUUAUUUCUUUGGACAAAUGUCAAACACAAGAGGUUUUCAUGUCAGAUCAUAUGACGCCUGAAUUAGAUAGGAUUGGAUUGGAUCACCAUUUGUAGCAAGUUGGGUCUAGGUCUUGAAAAGAAAUUGGCCGCAUAUUAGAAAGCUAGAAAGCAAGCAUUAUAGAGAAAAACAGAAGGGGCAUAGAAAAGGGUUAGGGGUAUGUUAUAUUUGUAGUGUUAACAAAGUGUCAAAUUAUUAUUUAUCGAAAGGCAAAAUCUUUUGAAAUGUGUGAGAGAGAUGUCUUAAUCAAGAUUCCAAGUGGACCUCCUAAAUUCCCGGUUGCAAUGAAGAGGAAAAAAAAUCGAACACAGCACAUGCCUAGCACAUGGUUGAAGAGACAAAAGGUUAUGUCCAUUUCUCUUCUUAGCUUUUGCUGUGAAAACAAAAAAAAAUCUUAAAUUGAAAUGCCAACAAAUUGUGUUCAUGUGUUAAACAUGUUAGCUGUAAAAUAGAUUCUUUCCUUCUUCUUUUGCUUGUUUUCGUACUUUACUGGUGUUUUCUCUUUUGUUUCUGUUGUCUUAUAUGUAUAUAUACUUACCAAAGGGCAGCAAUUGUAUUAGACUUUACGUAUUGUUAAGGGAUUUUCAUAUUAUAAAUAAUUUUUUUUUUUACUCUUAGAUUAGAGUCCCUCUUUAGUGGUUAAUCUGAUGAACAGCAAAUGACUUGAUAAAAAAAAUUGGAAAUGACUGACCCUUUUUUCUUUUUUACCUACGGCUGCCAAUGCUUAGUGAUGACACGAGAGCCAGUACUUUGCAUUUGAACGUCACCGACACCCAAAACCAAAGUGUCACCGACACUUGUGCGCAGACAAGUCUUGGCAGCUAAUAGUCUUGUGGUUAGCAAACUUUUAUGACACAAUAUAGUAGAGGAUAGAACCCAAAUAAAUCAACAAUAAGCAACAAAGUAUGAUUGAUUGACACUUUUAGUGUCUUUUUCACAUUGAAAUUAAAAUUGCAUGUUUGAGAACAUAUUUCUUUUAGAUAGUGUGAAAGGUAAUUUGAGUAAUUUUGUUUCUCCUUUUUUCUUUUUUUGUAUCCUUAUGUCUUUAUUAAAUGAAGGGUAUCUCAGCGGUAGUGGUCGUGACCUCAAGAAUGGAUACAAGCUUAAGUUCUCUUCUAGCACAUGCUGGCUAUGAUUAUCUGAUUGCCGUAUUCUAACUAUAAGGUUAUAGCUAAACAGUAAUCAUUAGUGAUACCCCCUUAUGAAAAAUCUUGUAAUACUAGUUAUGUUCACAGAACUUUUUAGACAAUUUUAUUUAAUAAAAGGUACUUAAGUUGGUGAAGCUUUCAAGCUAAGAUAA